AUGCACAUCUGGCUAGGAGUAGUUUUUUGGAUUGCAGCUAUUAACCAGUACAUUGUAAUUUUCAAUCUAGCCACUCUUCUUCAAAACUUUCAAAUUUUCAAAGACAGUGGCAGUGAAUUAUUGAUUUCCUUAUAUUGGUUUAAACUAGUGUUAACUAAAAUCCUGAUGAAGCUAUUAAACAAUGACAACAGGUUGAUUUAUUGAAAGUUUUUUUCU